AUGGUUGUUAGGGAUUAGCCCGAAUAAGUACUAAUGGCUCUCACUGCUGAUUUUGAAUCUCUCUCUAUUAGAUUUAAAAAAAAGACCAAACAUGCGCAGGUUCCGUUCCGCUUCGCUUCGUUCUGACAUUGGCGCAUAGCACGACAAGAUGAUCUCAUGCUUGCUUCUCGACGAAUCAGGACUACUUCUUGAAUGACGAUGACUUCGAUCGAUUAUCGCCGCUCACCAACACGACGAUUGGCGAGCUCCUCGGCUUCGAUGUCGCUCCCGCCAACGCGUCUGACAUCUGUUCACACCGAGUUGUCCAAAGACGAGCCCACCCAGUAUUCGACCUUACCCUACCCGACUCUCCAGACCAGAGACACGUGUCUCGCCACCGAUCCUCUGAUCAAUGCACGCAGGAAUGAACAUCGAUCUUUGGCCGUCGCGUCGACCCGUUUGCGAUCGGCUAGGGUGGCAGUGCACCCGAGCAGAAUAUGUUCAAAGCUGAGCGCUGCGAGCUCAACGAUGGAUGGACAACAUCGUCGCUAUCAACAGAACUGACCGCAACCGUAUCGCUGUCGCACUGCAUCAUCCUCAAAGUUUUUGUGCUCCUCGAGCUCUCGAGCUUUCGUUGGCUUCGAUGCUUUGGUGA